AACCAACGCGCAAGUGCAAGCGACAGUUUCAGAAAAGUGCUCGUGCGCAAAGCACGCAAAAGCGGUUGUCACUUGAUUGAAAAGGCGGUUGUAACCUAAAUAAAAUUCAAAAACUAAAAAUUUAAUAACAAUAAUAAUAAUAAUAAUCAUAAUAACACAAAAUUGAUCGGAAAUAAAAUAGAUACACGGUGACACAAGGGAAACUUAAAUUUGCAAAACACAAACAACAACAAAAUUAAUUAUCUAAGAAAAUCUUUUUUAAAAACUCUAAAUAAGAAAAAUUCAAAAGAAGAAAAGAAAAAAAAAGAAAGGAAAACGAAACUUCAACUUUAAAAGAAAGUUUUCAUUGAUAAAUCUUUCAUUGAUUAGCGGAACAGGAGAGAGAGAGAGAGAGAGAGAUAGAGCGAGAAAAUUUCUUCGUUUCGUUACUUAAACAUUUUCAACGGCCAAUGCAAGGAGGAUAUUGGGAAAAUCUCUUGAGGGAAAAGAAAAUUCUUUAAAAAUAAAACCCUCUCUUGGCUGAAUCUUCUUCACAACGACUAUAGCUUGACAAUUUGUUUCAUUGAUUCGUUCAAAUUUAGUGCAGGAAACAACAAUAAGAAGUAGUAGAAGAAGAAGAAGAAGAUCAACAACAACAACAACAACAACAACAAUAAAAAAGAAAAUCUUUAUUAAGAGUGUGUUGCACCUGUUUUAACGUUUUUCGAAUCGUUUCUUUCGUUUUCCACAAAUUCGUGUUCCACACACCAAAACAUUCGACAGCAGCAGCAGAAGCAGAAGCAGCAGCAGCAGCACUAAAUAUUUGCAGUUAUUCAGCCUAUUAAAAAAAAAUUAAACAAAAUAAAUUGUUUUUCAAUAUUUUCAUUUGCCUGCACGAUAUCACGAGAUCACAAAGCACACACCAUCUACGUACUGUCGUUUUUUCAUAUCCAAGUGUUGUAAUCUGCCAACACGUACAUAUUUUCUUGUUACACUUGCACCGUAAUUCGAUUUGGAAAUCUUUAGCGCACAAGAAAAAGCAAAAAAAAAUAAAAAAAAAAAAAAAAAAACAAAAGGCAAGCAAGCAACAACAACAACAACAUCACAAAUAAUAAUAAAAUAUAAUAAUUGCAAUAGAGAGUGAAUUGAAAGAAUUAGCAAAGAAAACAAAGUGGAAAGAAAAACAAAAGAAAAAUUUUUCAAACGGUGUGAAACUAUAUUUUGAUAGUGUGUGUGUAUGUGUGCGUUUAAGUGUGUAUGUACGUGUAUGCUUGGAGUUUUCGCAUGAACUUAAUUUUUGGUUUGUUUUUUUUUUGCGCUUUUGUUUUUGAUUUGUUACCAUAUUUUCGCGCGUGUAUGUGUGUGUGUUUGCGUAUGUAAUUGUGUAUAAUUUCAUCACUGUGUUGUAACGAUUCCAUCCACACAUUAUAACAGCGAUUACAUUAUAAAAUGGAUCUAAAGCAACGAGGAUUUCCAUUAUUAUGGUUAAUUGGAUUAUUCUGUGUGAUUUUCAAUGCAGAUGUUACCACUUUUGCUCAGACUUUAAAUAAAAGGUCAUCCCGCAUAACCAGCUCGCGUACUACAUUCGGUACUCAAGUAAAAUCCUCAUCAAGUUCGCUAUCGUCGAUUAAUGGUCUAAAUUUUGAUUGUCCUGAGGAAUUUGGCUAUUUUCCACAUCCUACCGAUUGCACUCAAUAUUAUGUUUGCGUUUUUGGAGGAGCUCUGCUGGAAAGUUGUACUGGUGGCCUCAUGUAUUCACACGAAUUGCAAACAUGCGAUUGGCCGCGUAAUGUGGGAUGUGAUGUAAGUGAUAGUGUUGCAAGAGAGCAAACGCAAGAGAAAUUACAUGGUCAAGGACAGCAGCAAACAUUGCAAAAGCAACAGCCGCAGCACCAAACAAACGUACCAAGUCGCAUAAGAUUUGGUUCGGCAUUUACCAGUCCUCAGACUCAGCAGCAAUCGUUAAAAGCUACAGCACCGCCACCUCAAUACCAUAGACAACCGUCUCAAGUAAUACAAGCCCAAGUUCAUAAUAUACCCCCACCACCGCAAUUGAAGGUAUCACCCAAUCCGAUUAUAACAUCAAGAGGACAACCGAAACAUGUAUUAGAAGCUCAAGAAGAAAUAGCCAAACUCUACGCCGAUGCUCUUGAGACUUUACCCCCUGUCGAAGAAGAGGAAACCGAUCGACAGCAACGUGUUUAUAGAGGUCAGCCGAGUACAGUCAGUCAAGUGCAACGUGAUCGUGAUGGCAUCAUUCAUCAGCCAAAUUUAAACGUUAUACCCAAUCAUGAUAAAUUCAAUUCAUACAGUGGUUAUGGCAACCAAUACAGUUCUGACAUUAUCAACCUUGACUUGAACGGUAAUCGACUUGAAAAUCUUAAUGUAAACGAUGCCAAAGAUCUUGACCUCAAUGAGCAUAAAAGACGUUAUAAACGUGAUUUAGGGUUCGAUGUGGAACAUAAAGUACAACAAGAAGAACAACAAGCGGAGCAACAACCAUUAACAAACAGUACAAAAGAGGCAAAAUUCUCAUCAAAGAUAUCUUAUGAGAGCGAGAACACAGUAAGUGAGACGGAAACUAUGCAAGAAAUCAAAGAGUUAAUUAAAGAAUUGUACGGACCGGAUUAUGUUACCACCAAUAUAGAGGAAUUGUCAUCUCUGUUAGAUACAAAAAUUUCAAAAGAGUUGGAAACUUUCGAAUAUGUAAUGAGCUCAGAAAAUGCGAAAAAAUUCGGUAUUAUGAAAAGUUCUGAAAAACGUGAAAAUUUCGUAAGAAAUAUUCCAGAAAGUUGGGCUAGUCCGGCAAUUUUAAAUAGUCGCUCCAUGGAGGAGUUACCACAAGUUGAAGAAAAUUUUCGAAGCUUGGAAAUACAUAGAGAAUCGGGAAAUUCUAAAGACUGGGACAAAACGGCAAACAGCAAAGAAGAAAGAACGACUUCGAAUCAACAUGAAAAAAGAAAUAUUUUACACAAUGCCGAAAAUGUGAACAACGUCGAUGAUUUGGGAAGCUACGACAAUUUGGGGGAUUUCCAAAACCCGGAGUUAGCUGAACAUACAGAUUACUUUGAAGAUUUGAGAAAAUCUGAAAAUCUGGGGGAGAAUGUAGAGCACUCGGGCAUUUCUAGAAAAGGCGAGUUGAAGGAUUCGAACAGAGAAAUGAAAAGUUUAAAAAAUGUAGAAAAUGCUAACAAUAACGGGGAAGAAGAACGGGCACCUGUUAACGGAAAAUGGGAUAAUAAAUCAAGAAGUAAAAAUCACAAUGAUCUUGAAGAAAGAACGUUAAACAAAAUAGAGCCUUUAAGUAAGAUGUUCACAAAAUUUGGGGAGCUUUUAAGAAAAUCCAUAAAACUGGAAAAUUUGAGAGAAGUAGCCAAAUCAAAAAAUCAUACGAUUACGGAGGAAGUAAACUUUUCGAGAGAAUUUGAUAACCGCGAUGAAGAUGAUUUGAUUGCCCAGGAAACACAAACAGAACAUACCUUUAUAUCUGAUUUCACGAUCGAUGACAAUCCUGAUGCGGACGCCGUAGAAUCUUUAAGAUACAUACGACAGCUACGACCGUAUAUCCGUAUGGGCGGCACACGCACCCAUUGGCCUUUUGUGCCAACACAUUUUCGUUCAGUAGACACAAGCCCUUAUCAGCAGCAACUUUCACAGUCUUUCGGUUCAGUUAAUCCAUUCUUAUCGCCACCCUCGACAGUCACUUAUGAUAGUCUCAAUGCGUUAAAUUCAGUACAAAAACAAAAUUAUCAAAAUUAUCCCCUAACAUUCAGUGGUAACUAUAGACCUAAAUUAGUUUUUGCAAAUUCCAACUUUCGCACAGCGUCACCAUCACCUACAGAGCAAUAUAAUACGAACGAGUUCAAUCCGUUUAGACCUGUAUUAGGUACAAAUUAUUUUGGUAGUGCCGGCCUCAGCCAGAGUACAACUACCUCAACCACUUUAAGACCAUUCAAUAUUAAGCAUUCAGAUUUAUUACCGUACAUUUUGCAAUCUUUACGGGAAUUGAAAGAGCAACGCAAAAAGUUACAAAUGCAAAACUACAGCUACUAUCAUCUAGAUAUUGAUCCUUUAAAAGAACAAAGCACUCAAAGUCCCUUCAUUGCAUUUAAAACAACUACUCCUAAGAUAUUGAAAAAUGCCCAAAAUACCCAAAUCAGCACAAUGGGUGGUUUCUACAAUAAUCAAUAUUUCAAUUAUCCCACAAAGUUAACUUCAACCUAUCAUGCAUCGAAUGAAUAUAUUACCACAACGCCACGUGUAGUCAGUAGCAGUCCUACCACGACAACAGAAAGUCAAUAUUUUAAGUACAAUAUAUUGGCAAAUCAAAAAAUGAAACAUUAUUUCACAACUUUGAAGCCCAUCACUUAUGAGAUGAACACCUUAAUACCAGUUACGGACAACAUUAACAUUGUAACUGCACCUAAAUUGAACACAAUUCGGCCCGUAAUGCAAUCACACAAUAUCAUUAUCUUCAAUCACAGUUUAAGCAGUUCCUAUCAACCAUUUACAAACUUAUUGACGAGUACAUUCCGACCCCUUAACACAACGGUCAAGGAACCGUUGAGAUUACAAUUUAAUUUAUCGGAAUUCAUAUCAUCUCUGGGAGCCAGUGACUUGGCUCCCUUGAAUCCCACCGUCAAAGGUAUGCUUAAUUAUUUGAAAGAAGUUAACAAGCCUAAAAGUAUGUUAAAUGAAAACAAUAGUCAUUGGGUGCCAAAGCUUCCGACAAGUUUUACUACGACGACUUCCACUACUGCGAGCAGUAAGAAAUCUACGAAGAACUAUGAAAACUUUAUUAAUCGUAUACCCAAUCAAACACAGAAAACUAAUUCUAUACGUGGCCCUACGAAAUUUACUACCUCUAAGCCGGACAACCCUCAAGCAAAUGAUGAAUAUUACGAUGAAGAAGACGAACUCGAAGUAGGAGGGGAGGAAGAUACCGAUUUGCCCGAUAUAGAUGCUGAUGAAGAGAUACAGCCGCCUUCCCAAAUGCCCCCAUAUGCGCCAAUGUCGGAAACAAUGGCACCACCUAGAAGCCAAAUGAUGCCGCCGUUAGAAGCCACUGCCAAUCCUCCGUUUAAUGCCAAGCCGACCUAUGUUACCGGUUUUUUAGAGGCAACAACUACCCGAAAACCUUUUAUGAUAAAUCAUAAUUUUCAGCAAUUUUAUCAGCCACCUCAUCCACUCAUUAGAAAUCAAAAUCAAAUACCUUCGUUUAUUAAUUUUCCAAGCGAUUAUUUUCAAGAAAUCAAAACAAAACUAUCUACGCCCUCGUCUAUACUGAAAUUAACACAUUUUGGUGUAAAGCCUGCAAUAUCAACGAAACCAACUGCUGCCAACUCUACGGCUACGACAACGAUUAAACCUAUUACCUCAACUUUGACCAGCACUUCUUCUACACCUAGCACAAGUACUACUACUACGACGGCACCACGUCCACGAUACACUAUACGUCCUCAUCGUAUACGCGGUCAAAACAAAUGGCAUUCACCCAAUACUGUAGGUCAACAAACAAACAAGACUUUAUUGACCUUGGACUUUAAACAUAAUCGCCCUGCUCAUAUAUACCGAAAGCGACCAAUGGCUGCAGCUCAUAUUGCCACAAAUAGUGCAACGGCUGGCGGCAACGAAAACAGCUUAAUGCAUACAAAUGCGGACGUAAACGUACCUAGCAGAGUUGAAACAUCAUCGCCAUAUUCAUCACAACAAACGGCUACUCCAUCAAGCCUUUACUUGCAAGCAAUUAAACAAAACAAUAUACAACAACAUCACAAUCAAGUGAUGGUCGAUAAUCGGAAUCUACCAAUACAGCAAGCAAAAUUAUCAUCAACGUCAUCGCCAUCAUUAUCGUCAUUCGCUCAACCGCAACCAUUUAGUAUUAAUCAUCAACAUCAUCCAUAUUAUAACAAUUAUUACAAUACAACUAAUUAUGAACAACAACAAGAACAAGAAAAUGUACAAGAACAACAUAAUGUUAACGUUGAUGAUGGUGUUAGUGAUGAAGAUGUUAACGAUGAUAUUGGUGAUGAAGAUGGUGUUGAUGUUGUUGACACUUAUGUGCCACAACAACAACAACAACAACAACAGCAACAAAAACAUCAAAACAUACCUCAACAUUUAACAUCCAAAUCAUUACAACAACAACAACAACAAAAACAAUAUCAACAACAUUCACUAUCAUCCAUACAAUAUUCACAAAAUCGACAAAAGCAGCAACAGCAACAAUUACCAUCAUCUCCACCACAGUCAUCUGAAGUUCAAUUGCCUGAACAAAAUCCUUAUGAUAGUUAUUAUUCUGUUUAUGACGAUGAUAUUGAUUUGUAUAGGGAUCUAGACUAUCAACAACCCCAGCAGCAGCAAAAAACACAUCAGCAACAACAACAGCAACAGCAUUAUCAACCCUCUCAACAACCGCUUAGAAAUUCUCCAAGCCAACAAUCCACCUAUCGUCCUUUAGAUAUCUUUACAACCCCAUCAACGCCAUUACGGGAAGGUUACAAAUCUCAAGCAAAGCCUCAGAGACCUAGCAAUUAUGGCAGUAAUCAGCAGGCUUUACUUUACAAUAACGAUUACGAUGAAGAUCUAAUAGCUCAGAUUGAACAAGAUAAUAGCUAUGAUCAGCCGACACGUACGGCCUCAAGAAAUCCACAAAUUUCCAUACAAACAUUACGCAGUGGAUCUUCUUCCACGGUCCGUGCAGUAUUAGAAAGAGAUGAACGUAAUUACUAUAACACUUUAACAACACCGGUGCCAACUUUACCAAAUGAUGCCGAAGAGCCGGCUUACAUUUAUGAAGCGGAUUAUCGUGAUUCGUCGGACUAUUAUUACACAAAUAAGAAAGGUUCGGCUAAGUAUACUGGUAAACUCAAACCAUUAACUGAACAAGAUUCAUAUGAUGUGAUUGGGGCACGUUUACAAAACAUUCAAGAUUUCGAAACGAAAUCGAGAACAGCUACUAAAACAACCACUACAAUAACAACAACAACUAGAAAACCCACCACCACCAGCACCACCACUACAACAUCUACAAGCCGAACAACUACAAAAAAUUCAAGAUCUAAAACGCAUGCCAAUAAGAAAUUACAACAACAAGAACAACAACAACAACAACAACAACAACAAAGAUCACCACCACCAAUAUCACCAUCACCACAACAACAACAGCCACUAUCACCAUCAAAACAAACCAAACAAAUAAAUUCAUUACAAUCCAUUACACAAGUUCCUCAUGAAAAACAUCCAAGCAAUCCUUCCACAACCCCUUCCGUUGCCUCCUUAACGAGCUCCUCUCCCAAGACUCCCAUCUUAAGUGUGGUUACUCAGGCACACGAAAAACACACGAAACAAAUUUUGACAAAUGCGCAAUUAACUUCAACUGAUAGAAACUCAACUCCGGCGGGUAUCAACCAUCUCGAGGAGGUGGAAAAUAUUUAUGAUGAAAGUCAAAACGUACAAGUGCAAAGCUCUGAGCCCUCUCGAACUAAAGCGACUGAAGUAAAUAAGGUCAACAUAAAAUUGAAUGACUAUUCGGAGCAGAGUAAAGCAGGUAAUCUAGUGAACGAGAAAUCAAAAAGCUCCAAAGUUACCGCUGAACGUAAACGUAUCCAAAAUUUUCCCGAAUCAGAAUUUGAGCGACAGAACUAUCAAGCCAAAUCUAGAGAAAUUAAAAAUAACGAAAGUGAUAGUCUACAAUUAAAUUCUGAAGAAAUAUUAAGAAGCGCUAGUUCAUCAAGUACUACGCUAAAAUACCCAGCUACUUAUAACCCAAGCAGUCCAAUGCCGAAGAUGUUUGAAUACAGUUUACAACGUGAUACUAACGGUUUCGCUUUAAGAGCCCAAAGUGUGCCAUUGUCCUCCGCAGAAAUAAAGUCACAGCCUAUAUAUGAAAGGGUAUUAAGUACCUCUAUGCUGCAGCCUAGUACAACCGUCACACCGAAAUCUAAAGCAAUAACAUCGACGACAACAUCUUAUAGCACAACGGAAAAGGCUGUAUCCAGUAGCACGCAGUCGACUUAUUUUGCUCCAUCAUCAAAAGAAGAGAUUGCGGCAACUACUUAUGCUCCUCCUUUAAGAACUUGGCGAAAUGGACGACCCACAUACCCUACAACUACAAUGAAAUUAGUUUACGACAAUACUUUUUCGGUGAUAACAGAGCCUAAUAAAGUGCAAACAGUGGCGCAAGAGAACUUUCAGAAAAUUGCUCCCAACAUUAUAAAAGGUUCUACAGCAACUCCUGCAACCACUUAUAAGCCUGCAAGCUCAACAACAUCUACUACGACAACGCAUAAGCCUACAACUAGCACUCCUAGUAAUAGUUUAGGCGUUGCAAUUAGCAGUGAACGUCCCAUACAAAGCUUUACGGCUCGCACGUCCAUUUUUAAGGAUAAUCUACAAAGGACAACUAGUAGUGCCAGCAAUCGCUUCGUUUCGCCUUACAAAAGCUUAGAAAACAUUCUACAAAAGGAUGAACGUUCGAACUUAGGUUUGCCAAGAAGCACAUUGAAGCCUCGGUAUCUCGCAUCGGGUACUUCCCCACUUCCUUUCUUACAAACUACCCCAAAACCAUUUGGUAGUUAUUUUUUAAUAACUUCACAGCCAAAAAAUUUCAAUGAGAGUAUAUUUGCAACUAUGGCUACCAACUCUCGCAAUUUUAGUGUUAGCGAUGCCAUUAUUACUACAUUCUCGACCCUUACUUUAAAGCCGCCGAUAUUAAAGUUUAAUUCUAGCCCUACAACGACCACAACAACUUCUACCACCUCCAAUCCUAUAACAUCUACUCAAUCUACCACAGCGAGAUCAACAAUUAUUGCCUCAUCACCUCUUAAAUUAAUACAAGCUGAAAAGGAAACCGAGGCCAACGAAAGACCUCGAUCACGAGGAAGAUCGCGUUAUACUUUUGCUACUGUUUCUAAUCUCUUGGACAACGAUGAACCGACCACCUAUUCGCCCAAAUAUAGAUUUACCGCAAGCGUAGGAGACGCGACUACACAACCAUCAACCAGUUCGUUGGCGGUGCGUAGAAAAAUACAAAGAGCUCGUAUAUCAUCCUUACAACAUCAUAGGCCUUCAUUUGGUAGCACGGGGAAGUCACUGGAAAGGUAUACAGAACGUGAGGCAUUUAGAACAAAUCCGUACAAAAGAAAGCCACUGGAAAGUGAAACAUUAUCGGAAAAGCCCAGAGCUGAAGCCUUAAUAUCAUCGCCAUUGCAUAAUAAUCAGGAAAAUAGUAUUGAAGGUGCCAAAUCUUCUGAGAUAAAUGGAGAAGAACAGGUGGUAGCUAUAACGGAUCGUCCUCUGAAAUAUUUCUAUUCAAAUAAAUACAGACAAAAUACUCCAGAGCGUACGUUAGCGGAAAGUCUGCAAAAUGCUGGUUAUAUAACAUCUUCAAGUGCAUCUAACAAAGCAUCCUUUAAGGCUAACAGCGUACUAGAGCAGCUUCAAUUGUUUUUAGCUGGCAGCGAUAGUGAAGAGGACGAAAGUGGUCCUCCACAAUUCGUGAAUGACUUUAUGGAACCGGCAAUAAAAGCAGCUGUAGAAGAGAUCAGAAAUCUUUACACAAAUACCGCUAGUACGACCCGCUUACCUUUGACUACCACGACUACAACCACAUUAAAACCAACUACUACGGCUAUGCCACCCACAACUGCUUACACUAGCUUUAAUAGUACACAACAACACCUAAACACCACAACCAUUAUACGUCGCACUACCAGCACAACUAGGCCCACUACUACAACUACUUCUAUUGCUACUCCAACUGCUACCCCCUCUUCUACUAUCAAACACAACAAACUUUCCAAUAGUUCGGUUAUCUAUAACGCAUCGACUAGUACUACAACAACUACCACGCCUAAGAACAUUCCCAAAUUUCCAUCCUCCACCUCUAGUUUCUUGCCCUCCUCUUCCAUCGCAACCACAACCACUGCCACGGGUAAAUAUAUAAGCAGUACACCCGCCAAUACUGGCCGAAGCUCAAAUAACCAGCCGCCAGCCAGAGCUUCUCGGGUCAAUAAUGCCAUCAAAUCGUCAAUUGCUGCUGCCGUCACAGCAUCUCCCUCCCAUAAAGGCGCUCCACCAUCUGUGGUUAGAAGUAAUAAGUUUUCAUUGGGCCCAACCAUCAAAUGUUCAGAUACCACUUCGAACGCCAAAUGCAAUGAAAUUCCUUCGAGAAUCAAUUCGAAUAGCAACAGGAAUCGUGGUAGUGCCACUUAUAACCAAGAUCGUGAUGCAGCAUUACCCGCAUCUAAUAGCCGUGGAACUUAUCCACCCCGUACUCGUCCUACCUUAAAACCCUCUGGUAAUAUAGUUUCUAAGGCUCAGGAGUUUAUCGAUAUCUACAGAUAUCCACCGUCGAGACCAGAGCCUAUCUACCCUAUACCCACUCCGGAUAAAACAGCAGCAAAAUGCCGUAAAGAUGUUUGCCUAUUGCCCGAUUGUUUCUGUGGUGGUAAAGAGAUACCCGGAAAUUUAAAUGUUUCUGAAGUACCACAAAUUGUGUUGAUUACAUUUGAUGAUGCGGUUAGUACAUUGAAUAUUAAUUUAUACGAAGAAUUAUUUAACAAUGAUACGCGUAAAAAUCCAAACGGUUGUCCAAUCCGUGCUACAUUUUAUGUAUCACAUGAGUGGACCAAUUAUGGCAUGAUACAGGACCUCUAUGCUGAUGGUCAUGAAUUGGCCUCACACACCAUAUCUCAUAGUUUUGGUGAGCAAUUCUCACAAAAGAAAUGGACACGUGAAGUAGCCGGUCAACGGGAAAUAUUGGCAGCUUAUGGCGGUGUUAAAGUUUCCGAUGUAAGAGGCAUGAGAGCUCCAUUCCUAUCGGUUGGCGGCAACAAGAUGUACAAAAUGUUAUAUGAUUCAAAUUUCACUUAUGAUUCCUCGCUACCGGUAUACGAGAAUCGUCCACCCUCUUGGCCCUAUACAUUUGAUUAUAAGAUCUUUCACGAUUGCAUGAUACCGCCCUGCCCGACCAGAAGUUAUCCGGGUAUUUGGCAAGUACCGAUGGUAAUGUGGCAGGACUUAAAUGGCGGCCGUUGUUCGAUGGGUGAUGCUUGUUCGAAUCCUGGGGAUGCUGAUGGUGUUAUGAAAAUGAUAAUGAAAAAUUUCGAAAGACAUUACACAACAAACAGGGCACCAUUUGGGUUAUUUUAUCAUGCCGCCUGGUUUACUCAGCCUCAUCAUAAAGAAGGUUUCAUCAAAUUUCUAGAUGCCAUUAACGCUAUGCCUGAUGUUUGGAUUGUCACUAAUUGGCAGGCCUUGCAAUGGGUUAGAGAUCCCACGCCAUUGUCGCGAAUUAACUCUUUCCAACCGUUCUAUUGUGAUUAUUCGGAUCGUCCAAAACGCUGUAAUAACCCGAAAGUCUGUAAUCUUUGGCAUAAAUCCGGAGUACGUUAUAUGAAAACUUGCCAGCCUUGUCCGGACAUUUACCCUUGGACUGGUAAAACGGGCAUCAGAUCUUCACGCAUAGACAACGAUAUUGAGGAAACCACAACGUAAAAAAAAAAAAGGAAAAGAUAACAACUUUUCGCAGCGUUUAGCAGCGUAAGGCAUUAACGUAUUUAAGUCUUGCUUUUUUUAUGAAAGAAAAGAAAAAAAAUUAGCACAAAAUAUCGGAAAAGUAUAUUCACUCGCUCUGAAAAACACUAGUUUAUGCAAAACUGGCUUUCUUCAAAUUCGCUUUUAAUUGAAAACCAAAUAUUAUAAGAAACUAUUUAUUUUUUUCCAAAAUUUUUAUAACAAAAUUCAUUGUUUUUUUUUUUUGUUUUUUUUUUUUUGAUUUUAU